CAUACGGGCCCUCUUCGAAUGUUAGGACGUUGAAACGUGCGAGCGCGCGCCCAUUCACAUCCAUUUAGCAAUCGGAUCGGUCCAAUAAGCAGUGAGAAAAUUCGAUACUAAAACAGAAUUAAUUUAAUAGCAAACAAUAUUUGAAAACAAAAAAUCGAACAAUCUUAAUUAAAAUAAGUAAGUGCAUAUAAAAUGAACACAGUUAUAAAAUGAGUGCAACAAUGCAGCCGAAUGACAGCCAGAGUGAAAGCAAUUGCAAUACAUUGCGCACGCUGCCGCGUAAGCGUCGACCACGUGCUGUCGGUGAAGUUUACAUUACUUGUCCAGCCAGUCAGUUGUAUCUGAAUAGCACCAUUAGCGAGCAUAAUGACAUCAGUGAACCUAUAUAUCAAAAUACAACGGCAGAAGCUGAGCAGGAAGCGAUCAGGCGGAGAGAUCGUUGCGGUCGCCUUUCGUUUGUGCGCGCCACCGUUGAUGAGGCGCGCUGUACAGAUGGCGCGCGUCAAACGAUGACUGUGAGCACCUUUAUAGAUGACUCCGAUCACUAUUAUGAGACAUUGUCGCCUUUGGGAAAUAAACGGCACUCCACGCUGCCAGCGCAAGGCUCGAAUAACCAACUGCGGUUCAGUCAAGACUUACCCUAUCUGGCGAAGAAUGGCUCGCAGCGUGGUAAACAAUACUCGGCUUCCAUGCAUGGUCUGGGCACUUUAGCGACAUCCGACGAUUAUGACUCCUUCGACACGGAUACCGAUGAUAUCUAUGAGGUGGAUGAGAAUACAAAGAAUCAUGACAGCGGCGUGGAUAUACGCAAUGUGAAACUUCCUGAUCCACCCCCUGCCACAAAUCAAGUAUACGCCAUUGUACGCAAGCUCAAGAAUUUCAUCUCUAGUAAGAAGUCUACGGGCGCACAUUCUAAGUACGGCGACAGUCAGCAAAAGCUCUACGAAAACUCCACCCAAUUCUAUGUGAGUGGUAAUAUUUAUGAAAAUACACCAAAGACUAAAUCCAAGCCACAAAAAGAUGUAAAAAAGACGACCACACCCUCACAAGAUCAAGAUCUAUAUGAAAACACCGAGUUCCAUAGUCCGCCCGCGAUCGCCGCAGAGGGCAAACAGCUUAGCGCUUCGGAAAAACAUUUAAAUAGUCCAACGGAUGUUAGAGCCGACACGUCUAACACCAGCACCACAUUGCGUUCCAAGUCCAAGUCGGUCAAGAGUUUCAAGUCACGUUUGCGAAAAAGUCUAGUCGGUUCCACUUUUGAUAUGAAAAAUUUAUCGACGUUGGCGCCUACACGUAGCACAUUUUACAUUGAAGAUCCCACCUACGGUGGUUCGGGCGAGUUAGAUUCAGGUUUUUCUGAGAAAGCCUCGUCCGGAGAUCUUCCCACGGCACCCAUAAUACCUACACCCGAUUCACAAAAAUUCUCUACGGUUGCGCGUAAGGCGAAAAAGGAGGCGAAGACGUCUAAUUCGCAGCGGCGGCGCACCACGAUUGGUAUACGUCCGCAGGAUCCACCACCGCCGCCACCCGUCGCUUCUUCGACCACGUCUUGGUAUGCCGAGUGUGGCGUGUUCAAAAAUGGCACAACCGGUAUGCUGCAGGAGUCGGAGAUUUCGUUGAACGAUAGUAAGACGAGUCAGAGUGGUUCCUCGAUUUUCAAUGGAAAUUCUUGGUACACCGAAGCGGGUUUAUAUCAGACCAGCGGCGUAUCUGUGGCCAGCUCGAGCGGCAGUUCAGGCGUUUCAACUGGUAAUGAGGGCACGCUAGGCGAUGAUCUGCCACACAGCAUGUUCCAGAAUGAGCCGCUCUAUCAGAUCUACAGCGCCGCUAAGCUGGAGUCUAUAACGCGCGACAUGGAGGGACAUGACAGCUCGACGGAUGGUUAUGAGGAGAUCGGGCAGAAUAGUACAAAUAGCGAUGCGCGCGCGAGUGUUCAAAAACAUCAACGACCCAGCGCUUUCCAGCUAAUCGAGCCAAAGAAUGGGCCAUCACGUACGUUGUGGAGCGAGAUACCGGAGGUUAUCAGUUCGUGUAUUUUGGCCACUUUGACGCCGCGUGAACGCAGCCUGCAGGAGGCGAAAUUCGAAAUUAUCACCUCCGAAGCGAGUUAUCUGAAAUCGCUGAACUUGCUGCGUAGUCAUUUUAUGAAUCAUCCUAUAUUUCGCGACACAAAUGUGGUGAGCGCGCGUGAUCGCAAAGCUUUGUUUGCCUACAUUGUGCCCGUGCAUGAAUGCUCCGAGAAGCUGCUCACUGCAAUGGAGUCCUGUUGGCAAGAUAACAUUAUGCUCAUCGGUUUGAGUAGACGCAUCUUCGCGGUCGCUGAAAAAUAUUUCCAUGUGUACAUCUCAUUUUGCGAACACCAAGGUCGUAUGGAUAGAACAUUGCGACGACUGAAGGAGAGUCGCGGCAUUUUUGCGCAAAAUCUGCAUCUCCUUGAAACGAGUCCAACCUGCUGUGGCCUAAAUCUGCAUUCUUUUCUUAUGCUGCCAAUGCAACGUAUCACCCGUCUUCCGCUACUCAUUGAUGCCGUUUUCAGCAAAGUCAGUCCCAACGAUGACGAAUACGAAAACUGGAAGAUGACGCUAGCCAUUAUGAAUAAGAUUGUGACACAGUGCAAUGAAGCUGCUAAUCGCUGUGAGCAGGCGUACGAGAUCGAACGUAUAGCGCGACAGCUGGAAUUUCCUUCAACGAUACGCGCAUUAGCUAUAGCGCCAAUGGGUAUACCUGCAUCCGGUUCAAAGCCACGGUUCCUAGUGAAGCGUGGUGAGUUGACGCAUUUCAUUUGGCGUGGGGACGAUAUUAAACUUACGUUUGGCAAGAAGUUCUCCAAAGUGGCAAUAUAUGCCUUCCUCUUCUCCGAUUUGCUCGUACUAACGAAGCGCAAAGGCGAGGAACAAUACGCAGUCUUCGACUAUUGCCCACGCAACAUGUUGACCAUCUCCUCCGGUGAUCUGCGGGACAUUAGCCAGACGCACAAAAAUCUAAUACUGAUGACCUUGCUGGAGAAUCACGAACGCAAGACUGUGGAGCUAGUCCUUUCUUGCCCAUCAGUUUCCGAACAGGAACGUUGGUUGCAAGCAGUUCGACCACCCGAGCCAGAGACGCCUGGCGAAAAGCUUUACGCGCCCUGGGAUUGUCCGCAGGUGAUAACGAAGCACGCAUACGAGACGAGAGAACCAGACGCGCUGAGCCUGGAGGUGGGUGAUGUGGUGAAUGUGACGCGGAAACUGCCAGACGGCUGGUAUCAGGGUGAGCGCAUACGUGAUGGCGUUAUCGGUUGGUUCCCAGGCAGUUAUACGGAAGAGGUGAAUUCAGCGCAUGUGCGCGCACGCAAUUUGAAGCAACGCCAACGGUUGCUCACAUUCACAGCCACAUAUCUCGAGUCGCAGAAGCGCAAGUAGGUGAUCAAUUUUGGUGAAGAUACUACAUAUAGUUAGUUCGCAUAGUAUCUCAAGGCGUUCGUCGUGGUCAUAAAUUGGUUUUUACAAAACUGGGCGUGCAAAGGAUGUGUUUGUGCCUUUUAAAUUUAUAUAUAUACAUUUAUUAGAAAAUAUUUUUUACGUAUAUUUAAGGGUUAAAGUUGUAACAUACAUAUACAAGUAUGACUUUUUAACCAAUAAUAUGAAAAUAAUGGACCAAAUUUCGUUGUCUAAAAAUUCUAUAAAAUAUUUAUUAAAAAAUGUGAUAAAAAUAUGAAUACGCCUAUGAAAGUGUACAUAAAAGUUGGUUGUUAUAAGAAAAAUUAUUAUUUUUAUUUUAUAAGGUAAGAUGAAAAAGUAAAGUUUGGUGAAUAUAACUUGUAACGGAGUAUCUUGUGCGUUAAAUUGAACGUUUUAAAUACUUUGUUAAAAAUAUCUUUAAUCCGAUAGAAAUUAAUGUAGAUACUAUAAAUUAUUAUUAAUUAAAUUUAUAGGAGGAUAAACCUAACUCUAAGAACUUGAUUUAAAAUCUUACAUGACUAUUGAGAAAUAUAUAUAAAUAAAUCUCCACAUCUUCAUGAUAUAUGUAUGUAUGUAACUAAAUACGAUUAAACAUA